CGCGGCCGCCCGCCUCCGCCGCGGGGCAGAGCCCACCGUGAGCCGCGCGCGCGUCCAGGAGCCAGCCGAGCCGGGGCGCGGGGGCAGAAGCGUUUUUGGGGGGACGGCAUGAAGCCCGCCAUGGAAAGUGCCGCCGAGGAAAGCGCCGAACAAAGCCGGGACAGAAAAGUGAACAGCAGAGCUGAAAUGGAAAUUGGCAGGUACCACUGGAUGUACCCAGGCUCAAAGAACCACCAGUACCAUCCCGUGCCAACCCUGGGGGACAGGGCAGGCCCCUUGAGCAGUCCAGGCUGCUUUGAAUGCUGCAUCAAGUGUCUGGGAGGAGUCCCCUAUGCCUCUCUGGUGGCCACCAUCCUCUGCUUCUCCGGGGUCGCCUUGUUCUGUGGCUGUGGGCACGUGGCCCUCGCGGGCACCGUGGCGAUUCUUGAGCAGCACUUCUCCACCAACGCCAGUGACCAUGCUUUGCUGAGUGAGGUAAUACAGCUGAUGCAGUAUGUCAUCUACGGGAUCGCGUCCUUCUUCUUCCUGUAUGGGAUCAUUCUGUUGGCGGAAGGCUUCUACACCACGAGUGCAGUGAAGGAGCUGCAUGGCGAGUUUAAAACAACUGCCUGUGGCCGAUGCAUCAGCGGGAUGUUCGUGUUCCUCACCUAUGUGCUGGGAGUGGCCUGGUUGGGCGUGUUCGGUUUCUCUGCGGUACCCGUGUUCAUGUUCUACAACAUAUGGUCAACUUGUGAAGUCAUCAAGUCCCCCCAGACCAACGGCACAGCUGGUGUGGAGCAGAUCUGCGUGGAUAUCCGGCAGUACGGUAUCAUUCCUUGGAAUGCUUUCCCAGGGAAAAUAUGUGGCUCUGCCCUCGAGAACAUCUGCAACACCAAUGAGUUCUACAUGUCCUAUCACCUGUUCAUUGUGGCCUGUGCCGGAGCUGGUGCCACCGUCAUUGCCCUGCUGAUCUACAUGAUGGCUACUACCUAUAACUAUGCCGUUUUGAAGUUUAAGAGUCGGGAAGAUUGCUGCACUAAAUUCUAAAUUGCUUAAGGCCAACCAGGAGCUUUAGAGAGCUCUACUCGGUAGCCCGAAAUCUCACUGACACCCCAGACUAAAGCUGAGUCUAGGUUGCUGCAGUUUUGUGACAGUAAUUUGUAAAUAGCUUUAGUCCACUCAUUUUGCUUUGUAGAUUAAUAAGAUGACUUACCCUGAGUGAAUUACAAAAUGAUGAGUUCUGGCUAUUUCCACGUUGUGAAAACGAUUCAGUUAUGUACUGACAUUGGUGAGCAUCCGUUAAAAAAUAACUUUCUUGAACUUUGAGCGGUAUCUCUAAAUGAAGUGUUAAAACUUUGUAACACCUGCCUUGUCCGUUACUUUUGCUUGCUUGAUAACCAAUACCAGUGCUGGAGAGCAGAUGGCAGAGAGAUGUUUUCAUCUGGAUUUUGUUUUCUUAGACUCUGGAAAAAAAAAGGCAAACAUAUUUUAAAUUUGACUAAAAAUCGUUUUCGGAUUACAUGGCUCACUACCAAAUAAAUGCCCCUCCAAGUAGGCUGCUAGCUAGAGGACAAUGUGAAGAAAAAUAAAGGGCACCCAGUUGUUUUCUAUGAGACCAGGACCUGAAUGUGGGGCAUGUGUUCUCUCAGCACAACACAGUCCCUCCUUUCAGAGCCACACCAUCAGUAACCUUGCGUUGUCGCUUUUUGGUGCAGAGUCCCUGAUUCCUCAGAGCCAGGUCUCCAACCGCACACGUCAGGUUUUAAGGGAAACGGAAAUUGUGCCUGGAUCUGAAAGUCUCAAAUAUGUUGAAAAGGAAAUAUGAGGAACUGGAGAUGUAGAUUUUGCAGGAAAGAUGAGGAAAAUAAGCAGGAAAGAAGUGUUGGUACAUCAACUGUAAAGAAGAAGGAUUUGUACAUUUUCUGAAAUGCACUAAUGGCAGUUAGAGAACAAAAACUGGAGUUUCACUACUAAAAAUGUGUUAACACAGACUGUGUGCUUUGCUUAGAGGUCUUGAAAUUGUGGUCUUGACAUUCACGUAAUUUUGCCAUGUUAAAUACAUGGUUUAUAUUCGUUACUCAAAAUAAGUAUUAUUCACUUCUAGACCUUUGGGGAAUUGAUUUUUAUCCACAGAGAGGAAAGAUCUUUGCACCACACUGAUUUUAAAAGAAGCACACAAUGUGUUUCUGAACGUCUGCGUUAGUUAAAAUUACUCCCAAAAUGGUAAAAAACAAAAACAAAAAAACAUCCUCUCCUAUUUCAUUUUUGCUUUUUCUUAACAAUAACUUUGGCCAUUUUUUUCAGUUCAUUAUGUUUGUAUACUAACUUUUCUUCAGCCUUUUUACUCUUAAGCAUACUAGUAGAGCAUGCUUCCAGUAUCUGAUGGCUCUGACAGCAGAACGAGUAUUAAUACAGAAUAACCCUCUCUCCCUUUUGACAGUAAAGACCGUCUAAUCUGCCUAGCAGCUUGCUUUGCCUUCUGACAUGCUCACUAGCCAUCAUGCUCACCCUUCUUUUCCAGAUCCACUUCCUCAUGAUACUGUCUUCUAACUGGGCUUACUUAAAGGAUGCAAGCAAAAUGCAGGCUUACCAGGAUAUCAAAGCAAAGGAAGAACAGGAACUGCAAGAUAUCCAGUCUCGGUCAAAAGAACAACUCAAUUCUUACACAUAAAUGUUUGCCAGAGUGUUACGGCCGACGAAUUUACAGCUCUGACAACUCAUCAGACAGCUGCUCUGCAGUACAGAUGUGUACCCCACCAAACAAACAAAUGUAGAAGUACAAACACUUCACUGUCUGUCUCAAGCUGCUGGGAUGUAUUUCUAGGAAAACAUUCCAGUAGGUCAAUCUUUUUCUUUAGAGCAGAUAUUGGAGGUUUCAUGUUAGCCAUUUUAAAAGGCAACACUUUGACAAAAUGAUUGUUGAUCUUUCUGAAAUUUGUGGCAUGUUCACGUUUAUUGGUAGAGCGAUCCUACCAAGAGGGGCGAUGGGAAUAUGGCAUACUCCUUGAGAGGGACUGAGGAUGUGCCAGCAUCAAGGAAUGUGACCAUCAAUUCACAUAUGCCAUCCGUCCUCAAGUAAAUUUACCUAUAUAGGGAAUAAAAUGGAAUGGGGGGUGGGGGUUCCAUUUCUGACAGCUGACAUUUAUUAAACUUUGGCUCAAAGAUCAUGUGAUUCUUAACAAUUGGCUUUUUAAAAAAAUUAACUGACUUCUCUGUUCUUCAAGUCCAGGACACAUUAGUCUCCUGAUCCAAUCAGAAAUCUGUUUUUAAAUAAUGCUAAAAGGAGCUACUAUAAAUCUACUACACCUACCAUUGAAGAAGCUGGAUUCUGAUUCAUUGACAAGCUUUCCAAAAUCAAUUUUAUAAUAGAUUUCCUUGAAUAAAAUGGCCCAGUUGUCAUUCUUCUUCCUGGGAAAUAAAUGUCAGCUCUGCCUUAAUAAGUAUUUGUUUUAAAUUUCUAAGAACUUAUUUUACAACAGGAGACCCAAAAUCCUUCAUAGACUUUUGUUCCACAAAUGUUUUUCUUAAUUAAGAAGUGUUACCUUAUUAAAAUGACCACCAUUCUAAACCAUUUUUAUGUGGUCUGAAUAGCAAGUUUACAGUUUCGUACCAACUAUCUAAAAACCUAAUUUACAAAUAGACCACAGACCUCCUCCUACUUUUAUAGACUUGAAUACUUAAGUAAUUUAAAUUAGAGUUGGUUGGUAUUUAUUUCAUUUUUUAAAUCUAAAUCUUUCCUGGAAUAAUACAAGAUCAAUGUUCAGCAAAAAACACCUGCUUGAGUUUAAGCCAUUUUCAAAAGAAACUUGCCUUCUAAAUCAUUGUGUUCCAGAACAUUAAGUGAUUAUAGGUAUUGGGUAUUAGUGAUGGUAAACUUUGUGUUGUUCUUUAUGAAAUGAUACAUAUAACUGUUGGGUGCAUCAGUGCUUUUUAAAAGGGGCUGCAUAAUAUAGGGUUAACUAUGUAUAUUCAUGUUAAGAAUUAACUUGUGGUUUGGCUGUUUCCUGGAUUUUAAAACAUAUACAUGUGCAGAAAUGUAUUAAAAUGAAAGGAAGCAUACCUUUAUCAAGAUGCUAUUAAAAUUGAACAUCAAGUAUAAUAUUUCAUUUGGAUUCUUUUUGUUGUUAAUGCCUAAAAAUGCCUAUUUGGAUCUUCACCUUUUUUUUUUUUUUUUUUAAUUGGGAGAAGCUCUCUUCUGUGUAGAACAGUUGUUCCAGAAUAGCUUGUUUUGUUUUCCUGUUGCAUGACAGACUUAAAUAUUUUUUUCCAGCAGUGGAGGUGCUGUUAGAGUCCAGUGUUCUAGAAGAGGCAGUGUCUCAAGCCUAAUUUUACUUUUCUAAUUCUGGUAGCUAUUACCAGGAAUUUCUGAAAGUUUUGUUUAAGUAGUCUAAUAUUUUUUAUGUAAAGAGCAUUAAAUUUUGCUAUGUAUAAAUUUUUGUAACCUAACAGUGAAUCAAUAUUUUCUAUCAGUGCCAAGGGCUUCCUGUAGUUCUAUUCAAGUGUUACAAUAAAUAUUUGUAGAUAAUAGUCAUUACUUGUGUAUGCUUAUUUUAAAGAUCUAUUUAGGUGGAAAUAGUUGUGGAUGUACUAAGAGUAAUGCAAUAAAAGUAUAGCUUCACUCACUUGCCUUUUUACCAUACAUAAA